GUCUCGCCUCGGCCAGCCGGGCCGCCACACCUGCCCAGCAUGCGCAAGCCAAGACUCUUCGCGCACGACCCCAAGGGCAUCCUGCCGCGCAUGUCCUGGUCCCCACACAACCUCUACAACCUCCUCUCCCGCUCGCUCGUGCCGCUGAACCGCGCGCAGACGUCCUUCCGCGACACGGCCGACACGAUGUACCAGCAGCGGUGGCGGUCGAAGCGCUUCCUGCGCGCCUACCACGGCGACUGGAUCCCCGAGCGGCGCUUCAAGCGCUGGUUCCUGCCCACGUCGCUGCCCUCGCUGCUGCAGAAGCGCCAGUCGGCCCUCUCCGCCUCGUCGUCGCAGGCUGGCGGGCAGCAGCAGCGCGAGGCCAGCGCAGAGGAGCGCAUGCCCGUCGCAUCGCUCUUCAUGCGCGACGUCGAGCGCCGCGUCGACACGACGCUCUUCCGCGCCUGCUUUGCGCGCAGCGCGUACGAGGCGCGCGGACUGGUGGUGCAGGGACAUGUGCAGGUGAACGGCGCCAAGGUGACAAACCCGAACCACCUGCUGCAGCCGGGCGACCUCGUCAGCGUGACGCCGGCGGCCAUUCCGAUGCUCAACCCGGCGCUGGCGCCUCACCUGAUUGCAGCCGGCGGCUCCUCUGCGUACGGCGAUGUGCCUGUCGCGCCCGAGUCCACUGCUGCGGACCCGGCGAAGCGCGAGCCCGAGUCUGCUGCUGCGGAGGUGAAGCGCGAGAUCAGCUCGCGCGUUGCGCCGCCGCUGCCCAAGGGCGUGCUGCCCUUCACGCUGCCGGCGUACGCUGCACCACACCUCUUCGUGCCCGGCCACCUCGAGGUCAGCUUCGCCACCUGCUCGCUCAUCUUCCUGCGCGAGCCGACGAUCCUCACUGCGCGCGGCGGGCGCGGCGCCGACGAGCGGGCAGAGGCACCUGCCGAGUCGCGCUUCCACUCCGACUUGGCAUCACCAUAUGCUGCCGGCGGCGAUCUCUUCGCGCUGGCAUGGGAGCACUACGCGCGGGCAGCGCCGCGCAUGCGUGCCGAGGUGCGGCGGGAGCGCGAGGAGGCACGCACGAAGCGCAACGGCUUCGAGAGCGAGCGUGCACAGGGCCGCUGGAGCCUGCGCCGCGCCAUGCGCCGCGGCGUUCUGCGCUCGCUGCUGGGCGGCGAGAGCAUGCCGGGCAAGACGUCGCACCGGAGUGUCAGUGGGACGCAGAGCUAAUGUGAUGACAUCUCCUGGUACUCCUUGCGUGUGUCCCGUGUCUUCGUGGCCGGCGUGGUCGAAGAAGUGCGUCCUAGACACUCCUGCGUGACCAUCGAUGUACUUGUGAUCCGCCCCCAUGCGCUUCCUAGGGGCAAGCACGCCAGGCCUCAGCCAGCGGCUGCUGUGACGCGACCCCCACCUGUUUAG